AUUGAGUAAUAGGAAGCUAUUUAUACAGAUAAGUGUUUUUCAUAAAUUGGCGUAUCAUAAACCAGCAAAUAAAUAGACUUCUUUAAAAUAUGUAUCAGGAACAUUAUUAUUUUUAUUGCUUUUGUCGUUUACGUGUAGCGAUAAUGGAAAAUUAUAUUUUAAUCAUCACGCCAAGGUGCAUUUUGUAUUGUUUCGAAAUCAAUGAUUUUGUCAUUUUAUGGUACUUACAAAUUUCUACGUAUUUUCAUUGUAACAAGUGAUGAUAUAAUUUUGAUUACUCGUUGUCGUUGUGUUUCAUUUCAGUCCAGUUAAGUGUGGAAUAAUUACACAGUAAUGUUACCUAGUUACAGAAUUAUCGAAUCAUAGAAGAAUAUUUUAGUGGAGAAUUCAAAGUGUCCUUUAAUGCGCUAUGACUGAAUAGGCUUGGUCCAUUUAGCUAGAAUUUGCUAAAGAUUUCAAUUUUUUAAAUUAUUCCGAACAAAUCAAAUUCAAAACAAAAAAAUCACAUUAAGAAUGAUAAAUUUACGCAAUUCACAUUCACUAUUUUAUCAGCGUAUACCAAAAAGCAGGUGUAUUCGGUGCGAAUUUCAUAAAACUGCUGAUUGUGCUGUAGCUAAAUAAUCUUUUAUCAUAAACUAAAACAUUGGCGUACAGAAUUAUUAUCUCGACCGUAUUUAUUAGUGAUAAAGUACCCUUGAAGCAUCGCGAACGUAACGUCAGAUUUAUUAUUGUUGUGUAUACCAUUGAAUGGAAAGUGCAAAAAACAAAAAUAUUUUCAGUGUGCCUGUCUAAAAUUUGUUCUACAGUUAUAAUUUAAACAGACAUUCCAAAUAGUUGGGACUAUGUAAAAUACUCAUUUCAAUGAAUCGUAAUUUACAAAAAUAGUUUCAGUGUAAUGAGUUGGAUUGCGCGCGUUUUUUAUUUUUUUUAGUGACUGAAGCAUGGGUGUGCCCAUGGUGAAAAAAUGUUGCUUCUGCGCUACAUUACACACCGGGACAUUAAUAAUAGGAUAUUUAUCUGCAGUAUGGGCGAUCUUGGAACUCACUCUCUACUGUCUCCUGGUUACUCUUGCUCCUAUCGGAAAGAAUGGAACUGUGUCGGUACAUAAACUGGUGUUAUACAUAGCCUCUGCUGUUGUCAGCGGAACGAAUCUUAUAUCUUCGAUACUUCUAAUUGUAGCUGCUUACAAGAAAAUGGCGUCGCUGACUUUGCCGUGGACGAUAGUGACAGGGAUUGUCACAUCGGUACUCUUCCUCUUGUGCCUAACAGGAAUCAGCCUCGUGAUUCAGGAUACGGGUGAACUACUCGAAGUUGAAAUCAUUGUGAUCGUACUCCAUUUAGCUAAAGCGUGUAUCUCAGUGUACUGUAUCAUUGUAGUGCACAGCAGACACAAACAGAUUAUGUAUGAAGAAGAUACGGCCGCAUUUCAACAUUCGGGGAGACUUCGUUACGAUCCAGUUAAGAUUGAAGAUCAUGUUUUUUGAUAUUUGUCCUGUUUUGUAUUAAACAAUAAACUUUUCUACAGUUUGCUACUAAUAACUAGA